AUGCCUGUAGAUUACCAAGGUACGAAAGUUCCAACAUGUUAUGCUACUUGCAGUAUCGGACAUAAAGACUCCCACACGCUUCCCUUGAAGUUCAAGGCAAUAGCGGAUGCCGGAUUCGACGCCAUCGAACUAUCUAUGCCAGAUAUCUUGGCUUAUGGUAAGAUGCUCUAUGGUCAGGAACUAGAUCCUAAAGACUACGACGCACUAGUUGAGAUUGGAAAGGCUAUCAAAACGCAGGUGGAAGAGCAUAACCUCAAGAUUUUGAUGCUACAGCCUUUUGCCAACUUCGAAGGCUGGCCGAAGGGUAGCGACGCAAGGAAAGACGCGUUUGAGCGUGCCGAAGGUUGGAUGCGUAUCAUGGAGGCUGUGGGCACGGAUAUGUUGCAAGUAGGAUCAUCCGACGCGCCUGGGAUAUUGUCGUCCAUUGAUGACUUGGCCGGCGACUUGGCCGAGCUGGCGGAUAUGUGCGCCGCCAAAGGGCAGCGCAUCGCGUAUGAGAACUGGUGCUGGGCUACGCACGCUCCGAGCUGGAAAGACGUAUGGCGUAUCGUCGAGAAGGCCGACCGGCCGAAUCUCGGUCUAUGUUUAGAUACUUUUCAGAGCGGUGGCGGCGAGUGGGCAGACCCGACUACAAAGUCCGGAUUAGUUGAGGAUAUCUCACGGGAGGAUCUCGAAACCAAGUGGAAGCAGAGCCUAGCCGAACUAAGCAGGACAGUCCCGCCCGAGAAAAUCUACCUCUUACAGAUUUCGGAUGCCUAUAAGAUGGAACCCCCGAUAGAAGCGAAGGCCAACAAGGAGGGGUUACGACCAAGGGGCCAGUGGAGCCAUGAUUACCGGCCGUUACCUUACGAUGGGGGCUAUCUCCCUGUCGAAGACUUUCUAAAGGCUGUACUUGGGACUGGGUUCAGAGGCUGGUUAUCUAUCGAAGUGUUUGAUGGCAAGGGACCGGAGAAGUACUCUGAUAUGCUUGAAUUUAGCAAGAAGGCCAUAUCUUCGCUUUCGAAGCUAUUAGAGACAUAG